GGCCGACACGUUAAUACCUAUCGCUCAACAGUACAUCGAUGACGAAAGUUUUAUUUGUAGCGACAUGUGGAGGGCAUACAAUACUUGCGGCCAAAUCUUUAGUGGACAUGGUGUAGUUAACCAUACGGUUAACUUUGUAGAGCCACCCAAACAUUUACCACCAAUUUGGGUACCUGCCGGUCGAUUCAGCCCUGAGUGCUUGGACAAGCAAUGGGAAGAUGCACUGCCACCCAACAUGGAACCAAUUCGUUACCAUACCCAACACAUCGAGCGUUCGUGGCGUGAACUGAAACGAGUAUUAACUAGGUGUAACUGCCCAAGAGUGUCAACUUCUUACAUUGGUGAAUGGAUGUACCGCACUAAUAUUUUAAACAGGGAAGGUGGAAUACAACAGCAAUUUUGUAGGUUCAUGAGAGACAUAGGAAGGGCAUAUCCUGGUAUUGGAUACAUACCAAUGACCAGAGACAUUGAAGACUGUCAGUGUCCAGAGUGCUAAACUAAAUAAGGUAAGAUAAAUAACAGUAAAAAAGGUAAUAAGGUACAUUAUAUUUUGCACAAAAUUUCUUGAGUUUUUAUAUGCAUAAUAAAUUUGGUUGAAGCAUAAUUUUAAAUAAUAUUAUAUUUUUACAGAUCGAUUUGCAUAUGGAGUCCACCGGUACAUCAACAAAAAUGGUUCUUUUAAGAACCGACAAUAUUUAAAACGGCCCUUUUUAGGGCCACCACAUUUUUAAGUUCGUAUAAUUAUAUCAUAUUAAAUGAAUAUAUAGUUAU